CUAAUUUACAUUUCAGUUUCUAUCGUCUUCUACUUUGAUCUGUGUUCGAAAUAUUUCACGAAUCGGGUCAAUACGAGAACUGGCGCAUGCGUUUGUAUUCGGCAGAAUAAGACGCUCCCUUUGAUAUUUACGGUGUUGAGAAACUCGCUGCACAUAGGGAACAAACGAUCGUAAAAAGAAAAUCGGAAUUAUGUUCGAACUGUACGGCGUGAAUAAAGAUGGUAUGGUUUAUCGAUCUCCACCACCGAGAAGAAAAGAAGUCGACAUAUUAGAGACAUGUCUCCAGUUAUCGUCUCCCGAAUUAAUGAGAAAACUGCCUAAUGGUGAUGCGAUACAUCAUGCAAAAGACACAGGCGUUUCCACUUCCUUGGAAAAGGAUAAAGAACCAUCGAGGGACAAUGGCCGAAAUGUGUUGAGAAAGUGGAUAGUGAUGGCAGGAUUCUUUUUCCUUGGAUGUGCCUUGGUUGCCGGCGUGGGUCUGCCCUUAGCAUUAGAACUGAGAAGUUCGCAUUUAUUAAAAGCCAGACUCCAAGUUGUGCGACGUAUGCUGUCCGAGAUACCCCUGAUCGACGGGCACAACGAUUUCGCAUGGAACCUCCGAAAGCAUCGGGGAAACACAAAUAUACAAGAUUUUCCUUUCGACGAAGACUUGUCGCAAAACGUAAGCUGGGGCUCCGAAUGGCAGACGGAUCUGGUGAGAUUGCAGCAGGGAAUCGUGGGUGGACAAUUUUGGUCUGUGUACGUACCGUGCGAGGCGCAAUUCCUCGACGCGGUACAACUUACCUUGGAGCAGAUAGACGUGAUACGUAGGCUCUCUUCGAGGUAUCCGAAGAGAAUAAGAAUGGUGAUGAGUAGCAAGGAGCUGGAGAAAGCGCACAAGGACGGUGUGAUAGGCAGUUUGGUCGGAAUCGAAGGUGGUCACAGUAUCGGUACGUCAAUGGCGGUAUUAAGAAGUUUCCAUCGAUUAGGCGCACGAUACAUGACCCUGACACAUAAGUGCAACACUCCGUGGGCAGAUUCGUGUUCGGUGGAGGAUUCGGACGCGCCGUUGGAUUUUCACAGCGGCGGUUUGUCGCUGUUCGGAAAAGCGGUGGUGAGAGAACUGAAUCGAUUAGGGAUGCUCGUGGACCUCUCUCACGUUUCGAUAAGGACCAUGAGAGACGCGUUGGCGAUCAGCAAGGCGCCGGUCAUAUUUUCUCAUAGCGCGGCAAGAGCUCUCUGCAAUUCGUCUAGCAACGUUCCGGACGACGUGCUCCGCAACUUGUCGGUGAACGGUGGUCUGGUUAUGGUCAGUUUCGACAGUACGCAUUUGAGCUGCGGCGAUAAAGCUUCCAUGUAUGACGUAAUAGCUCACAUAAAUCACAUAAGGCGGAUAGCUGGCGUUAACCACGUGGGACUGGGUGCUGGUUACGAUGGUAUAUCUAAUCCGCCGGUUGAACUUCCGGACGUUUCUGGCUACCCUCUGUUAUUAGCCGAAUUGACCAGAGAUCGAAGGUGGUCGGCUUCGGACAUUAAGAAGUUGGUUGGCGGAAAUUUGUUGAGAGUAUUGAAAGAAGUGGAGGUACACGCGGCAACCGUAUCGCAUCAAUCUCCCUCAGAGGAGUUGAUUCCUCAAGAGCUGAUCGAGGAUUCCGCCUAUUGUAGAUAUCAUGACGCCUAAUAAAUUUUCUCAUUAUGACGUUUACGAGUUAUCGGUCAACCGAUUGUUCGGCACGUUAUACGAUUUUUAACGUUUCUUGUCUUUGUACCUACAAUGGAUUAUAGUAGCGUUUAUGAUAUAGCUAAGGUCCGCGAAGAAUCGAUGCAGGAACCUCGCUAUAACGUAUCGACUACUAUAUGCUAUUUUACAUUGUUUAAUAAAGUGACUACGUAUCGUUUUUA